CGGCCCUCCCACCGCCCCGCGCGGCUGCCGGGGGCGGGACCGGAACGGCGGCGGCGCGGGAAGAGCCGGGCCGAGCUGCCGGUAGCGGAGGACACGGCGGUGGUCGCUGGAAAUUUGGGCUGUUGAGGCGGGGCCGUGGGGGCUGAUGCUUGGGCAGCCAUGUUCACGACCAGGCUCUUCACCCUGGUCCUGGUGGUGCAGCCGCCCCGUGUCCUCCUGGGCAUGAAGAAGCGCGGGUUUGGAGCCGGGCUGUGGAACGGCUUCGGGGGGAAGGUGCAGCCAGGGGAGAGCAUCGAGGAGGCCGCUCGCAGGGAGCUCCUGGAGGAGAGCGGACUGACUGUGGACACCUUGCAGAAGAUGGGUCAGAUCACAUUUGAAUUUGUUGGCAACUCUGAACUCAUGGAAGUUCACAUCUUCCGAGCAGAUCAUUUUCAUGGAGAGCCAACAGAAAGCGAUGAAAUGCGUCCACAGUGGUUUCAGCUGGAUGAGGUGCCAUUCAAUCACAUGUGGGCAGACGAUAUCUAUUGGUUUCCUCUGCUGCUUCAGAAAAAGUUGUUUCGUGGCUAUUUUAAGUUCCAGGGACAAGACACUAUCCUGGAGCACACCCUGAAAGAAGUGGAGGAAGUUUGAGGAAACGAAAAGCAUUCAACCCACUCGCUGCUGCCCACAUUGGGCUACAACACCAUCAGUACUUCUGAGAAGGGUCUUGUUUCUCAGCUCUCCAGCAAAGGAGACAUAUUUGCAAGGUCACGGGGAGGUGAGGAAAAUGAGGGCUUUUCUUAGAGCAGAAAUAAAAGUAACGAGAUUUUUCCAUGCCCUGCUCGGUCUGUGCCAUUGGGUGAUGGUUCUUGUGCAAACACAACUCCGUUGUACUUACGCAAGGGCUGGCGCCUGGCAGCACGAGCUACAAUUUUCGGCAAAACGCGGUUGCUUGCUGGAACUUUUUGAAGCUGGAUCAAAAUCCCGGGGCGAGCAGCACGACUUCGUUGUCUUUGCACAAGAGCGGGUGGCAGAGGCUGCGCAGAGUGGGUCACAUCGCACACGAGGCGGAACGCUUGCCAGGCUUUCAAGAGAAGUCCCUGGCUGUGGUAUAGUUCAGUAGUUAAAUGAUCUAUUAAAACCUGAGUGUUAAUCCUUCUCUUCGCAGGUGGCUAAUUCUUUAGGCUUUUUCCUUGUAGCUGGAAAUGUUUUUAAAGUAUUAAAAGAUAUUUUUUUAGUAAAA